CAAACCGACACCAUGUCAAUGUCCGCCGCUCUGUCCGCUCUCCGCGCCGCCGGCCGGCCGCAUCUCUCCGCUUCCAAGUUCGUCCCGAGGCAGGCAACCGGGUCACACGUGUUCCAGAUCGACACGUACGCGCAGGCUAGGAGGACGAUCGCCAUGGGCGAGAAGAUCAGAUCAGAAAAGUUCAGCGUCGGCGGCCACGACUGGCGUGUUGAGUGCUAUCCAAACGGCUUCCCCGGAUAUGACGGCUUCAUCUCUCUCUACGUCAACCACGCCAGCCACGCCAAGACCGGUGACACUACGGCCAAGUUCGGGUUCAGUAUACUCGACCGGUCCUGCUGGAAGCCAUCGUGCACUAAGUUCUCAGAUGAACCUCAUGGUUUCACUAGCACUGUUAUCUCAUGGGGAUGGGGAAAAUUCAUUAAACACGAGGAUCUGGACAAGGAAAAACAUCUCAAGGACGACUGCCUCAGCAUUCUCUGCGACGUCAGCGUCACUGGGCUGCGCGCCGACGAUCACACCGAGGUUGCCGAGCAGGAACCGGAAGCGGCACUCCUUGUGCCGGCGUCGCCGCCUUUCUACUUGCAUGGGCCAAUUGGAGAAGCCACAUGGAAUAGACAAAAACCGGACUUGAAGAUUGAGGCCGGUGGGGAGACGUUCGCCGUGCAUCGGUGGGUGCUCGAGGCCCGGUCGCCCGUCUUCAAGGCAGAUCUCUCCCUUGCCUCGGCGGGCGGCGAGGGUGCCGCUGAAUUACGCAUCGACGGCAUGAAUGCCGACGUGUGCAAGGCUCUGCUCCGGUUCAUCUACGACGAGAUACCGGGUACGGACUUCCUGGAGACCGACGGAAUGGCCAAGAGGCUGCUAAUUGCGGCGGACAGGUAUAAGCUGGAGAAGCUGAAGCAGAUCUGCGAGAUGGCGCUGCUGCCGAGCAUCCGCACAAGCUCCGUGGCUGCCACCCUCGCGUUGGCGGAGCAGCAUCGUUGCGCCGAUCUGAAGAGCGCAUGCAUCAAGUUCCUCUCUUCUCCCGGCAACCUUAAGAAAGCUCUCGCGGAGCGGCAUCAUGGCCCCGAGCUGAGGAAGGCAUGGUUGCGGUUCCUCCCUUCCCGUGACAACAGUGUAGCACUCGCGGAGGCGGAUGGUUUUCCGAGAAGAUGAAGACAGCUGGUUGCCCCUCCUCUACUGGAGCUGCUCGUGAAGUAAAUUGCGCAAGAAAAGCUAAUUCAAGGUGUAUGCGCAUGGUACUCAAUCACAAUUCACAACCUUUUCCAAUGCUAAUCUAGAAAAUG